CGCCUCUCAGAGCUUUACACAACUCCAGGAAAUCAGCGCAGUGAAGUUUCGUUUCUUGUGAAAUCGUCAGUCUCUCUGUCUCUCUGCAGCAAGAAUGGCUUCAAAACUAUGGUCAGAGGAUCGGUUCAGUUGUCCAGUAUGUCUGGAGCUAUUGAAGGACCCAGUCGCUAUUCCAUGUGGACACAGUUACUGUAUGGGGUGUAUUAAGAACUGCUGGGAUCAGACUGAUCAUACAGGUGUCUACAGCUGCCCCCAGUGCAGAGAGACCUUUACCCCGAGGCCUGUUCUGCGCAGAAACACCAUGCUGGCCGAACUUGUGGAGGAAUUAAAGAAGACAGGACUCAAUCCUCCUCCUGCUCAAAGUUAUGCUGGACCUGGAGAUGUGCCGUGUGAUUUCUGCACUGGGAGAAAGUUCAAAGCUGUGAAAUCCUGUUUGACGUGCCUGGCCUCUUACUGUGAAACACACGUCAAGCCGCACAGUGAGGUUACUCCAUUAAAGAGGCACAAGCUGAUCAAUGCAAUUGGAAAUCUGGAGCAGAAGCUUUGUGCUGAACACCAGAAGGUUUUGGAGGUCUUCUGCAGAACAGAUCAGACGUGUAUUUGCUGGCUGUGUACAGAAAAGGAACACAAGAGCCAUGAUACAGUCUCGGCUGAGGCAGAAAGGAGUGUGAAACAGAAGCAGUUGGGAGAGACACAGACAGAAAUACAACAGAGAAUCCAGGAGAGACUGAAAGAAACUGAGGAGCUGAAACAGGCUGUGGAGUCACUGAAAAGAUCUGCAUGCAUAGAAAUAAAGGAAAGUGAGAAGAUCUUUACUGAGCUGAUCCGAUCCAUUGAGAAGAUCCACACUGAGGUUAUUGAGCUGAUUGGAGCUAACGAGAAGGCUGCAGUGAAUCAGGCUGAAGGACGCAUGAAGAAACUGGAGCAGGAGAUUGCUGAGCUAAGGAGGAGAAACGCUGAGCUGAAACAGCUUUCAGAGACAGAGGAUCACAUCCAUUUUCUGCAGAAUUUCCAGUCUCUCUGUGCCCCUCCUGGAGCUGGAGACUUACCCAGCAUUACUGUCAAUACAGACAUCUCUUUUGGGGCUGUGAGGAAAGCUGUAUCUGAACUUAAAGACCAUAUUGAGGACUUCUGCAAGGGGGAAUUAGUCAAAAUAACCACAACAGUGAAUGAAGUUGCAAUUUACAGUCUGCAGGCUCCAGAGCCAAGGAACAGAGCUGAGUUUUUAAAAUAUUCCUGUCAGCUCACACUGGACCCCAAAACAGCGUAUAGGGAGCUCUGUCUGUCUGAAGGGAACAGAAAGGUGACAUGGAGGGGAGAGACCCAGAUAUAUCGAGAUCACUCAGAGAGAUUUGAUAGCUGGGCCCAAGUGCUUUGCAGAGAGGGUUUGUCUGGGACUCGCUGUUACUGGGAGAUUGAGUGGAGUGGGGGAGGGGCUUCUAUAGGAGUCACAUAUAAAGGAAUCAGCAGGAAAGGAUGGGAUCGUUCCUGUCUCCUUGGAGGCAAUGACAAGUCCUGGAGUUUGGACUGCUCUGAUUCCAGUUACACUGCCCGGCACAAUAACAAUCAAACUGCAAUAACUGCCCCCCACUCCCCCAGAAUAGGAGUGUAUCUGGACUUUAAUGCCGGCACGCUGUCCUUUUAUGGCGUCUCUGACACAAUGACCCUCCUGCACAGAUUCCAAACCACAUUCACUGAGCCGCUCUAUCCUGGGUUUUGGCUUCGUUCUGGGUCUUUUGUUAACAUGUUUUUGGUUAAUAUUGGUUCCUCUGUAACAAUCUGCCAGCUGAACUAGACUGUUUGGUGUUGUAAGAAACCCUUUGUAUUGAACUCCCUGUCUGUCCUCUCCACUCCUCGGGUGAAGGGAAUGUUCAAUCUGACACAACUUUGGAUGAAAGUUAGGGGGUAAAACGGCGCCACCUGCAGACCGAAACGAGGUGAAUUAUUUGUUUUUAGCAACGAAUGGAUUUCAUACGAAAUAACUGUAUUUAAUUUCUUUUUUAAGAAAUGUCAUCCAAUAGUCAUGCUGUAACAGUUUUUAAAAAAGUCAACUUAAGUUUGCUUAUUGUAUGUGUGUGUUUGUAUUAUUGUAUUGUAUUGUGUGUGUUUGUUUUCUUUGAUUUCCAUAAAAUGAGUUUUAUGUUUAUUUUUUCAGAUUUUAGUAAUGCGAUUUAAUAAAAAAAAAUAAUUUGA